GCAACCGUCCAACCAACCAACCAGGCGGCGCGCGAGCCCGCUCUCCUUAAACCAACCCAGCAGAACCAAGCCGAGCUGAGCCAGUCUGUAUCGAGUCCGUCCCAGCCGUCCCACACACAGAGGACGGGCUCAACGAUGACCUCUUAGCGCAUCCGAUAAUUGUUAUUUUUUUAAACAAACGAAAAACAUUUUUUUUCCCCCCUCCCGGCUUUUUACGUUGUGCUCAUCGACACCAUGGACUCUACAGCUCUGAGAACCGAUGUUUGCAUCUGCCAGCUGCUUCUAAUCAGCCGCAUAGUCCUGGCGGUGGAGCCGCCGGCCCAAGGCCUGGAGAAACUCCCAGAAGAAAUGAACUGGUCCUACUCAGGUGGCCUGAACCAGCAGAACUGGGGGAAGAGUUACCCAUCCUGUAACGGCGCCCGGCAGUCUCCUGUGGACAUCGACGAGAUGUUUACCCAGGUCCGGAUGCAGUUCCAGAACCUGCAGCUAGAGGGCUGGCACAUACCCACAUUGGAGUCCACCACCAUCCAAAACAAUGGGAAAACUGCGGUCAUCAACCUGGGAGGGGACUUCUUUGUAAGUGGAGGAGGGCUGAGUUCCAGGUUUCGUGUAUCCAGACUCAGCUUCCAUUGGGGGCGCUGCAAUGCAACAUCAGACGGGUCUGAACACAGCCUGAACGGGAUGAAAUACCCUCUGGAGAUGCAGAUUUACUGUUACAAUCCCAAUGAAUUUCAAAGUUUAGACGACGCGAUGGAGAAUGGAGGAAGGGUGGCCGCCUUGGCCGUUCUCUUUGAGGUGAGCCUGGAGGACAAUGGGAACUUCAGUCCUAUAGUGGAAGCAGUCAGUGGCGUGACCAGAUAUGGUAAGAGUGGAUCAGUGGACACUAUCACCUUGAGCUCCCUCCUGCCCAACGUCACCGAUAAGUUCUACAUCUACAACGGCUCGCUGACCACUCCUCCCUGCUCUGAAUCUGUAGAAUGGAUCGUCUUUAAACACACGGUGGCCAUAUCAGAAUCACAGCUGGAGGUGUUUUGCGAGGUGAUGACCAUGGAGCAGGCCGGGUACGUGAUGCUCACGGAUUACCUGCAGAACAACUUCAGGGAGCAGCAGCAGCAGUUUAUGGGCCAGGUGUUCGCCUCCUACACCGGAGUGGAGGAUGUUCCCACACCCACAUGCAGCUCGGAGCCGCAAAACGUCCAGGCCGAUGCUCAGAACGACACCACCAUCGUGGUGACAUGGGAGCGCCCCCGCGUUGUGUUCGACACCACCAUCGACUGGUACACCGUCACCUACCAGAGGCUUCAGGGCAGGGAUCCGAACAAACAGGAGUACAGGACUGACGGAGACCAAGAUGUGGGUGCCAUUAUCUCCAGCCUGUUAGCUAAUAGCAGCUACGUGGUUCAGGUGGUGGCUAUUUGCACCAACGGGCUCAAAGGACGAUGGAGUGAUCAGAUUAUAGUCGACAUGCCGUUAGAAGACCCCGAAAGUGAUUCCAGCACCGACACGGUGACAAAGGAGGCUGACAGCCACCGGGAGGGAUCAACUGUAACCGGACCGAAGAGGCCAGACAACCAGAAUCACCUGGAUGUGGCUUCAGAAGACCACAGUCCAGUGGAGGAGGUCCCUGCUGACCAGACAAGAGUCUACCAGAACCAACCUACCCAACAUCAGAAAAAGACCACAGAUCAAACCCAAAUAAACCAACACACUCCGGUCCAGACCGGUAGACAGUUAACGCCAAAGACGCCGUCUGAAUCCGUCAACCUACAAGAAGCUCUACCGGACGAGAAUACGAGAGAGAAAGCAAGCUCAAACAAGUUGACCCCUCAUGGUAGCAACCAGAACUGGAUAGAGGACGAUCAGCUGAUCCCAGCGAACUCACCUUUUACAAGUCCAAGUUUUGAUAGCACCAGUGCGAUUUGGGUUAACCGGAUAACUGAGGAGCCAGGCCUUUUGUUUCCAGUUGCUCGCACAACGGUGCCACCAGCAAUUCGUCGGCAAAUCACAGAAGAGGCGUCGUUGUCAAUCUUGUCACCUCAGCCAUUAGAUCCUGAUUUACCAGAACAGGCUAGUGAAAAUCCCCCCACUAAGUCUGAGCUGUUCACCCACCCAGUGGAGGACAUUAAGAUCACAGACGUCUUCUAUGAAGAUACAGUCACCAGCUCUCCACUGGGGGUCAUCACCCACCCUCCAACAGGAUCUCCUUCUGUGGUUCCAGGUAACGAAGUGCACGAAGACUCAGUGAUGAUCCCCGAAGAGAGUGGAGCCGCUGUAAGCGAACCUCUGCAAACAUCCUUUACCUCAGAUUCAGCCAGCCCAACCUCAGAGUGGAUAACAGAAAACACUGCAACAGGGGGCAACACUCUGUCUGACUCCUUCUAUAAAUCCUUCACCACUUCCUCUUUGCUCAGAGGGCUGAUGCACACCACUCAGCCCCUGUUCAAUGAGGGCAGCAACAGCAGCCAUGAGUCUCGGGUGGGGCUGGUUGAAGGCGUGGAGAAGGAGAAGAGGACAGUUGUUCCUCUGGCUGUCGUCUCCACUCUCACCACUCUCUGUCUGCUGGUGCUAGUGGGUAUACUCAUCUACUGGAGAAACUGUUUCCAGGCAGCCAAUUUCUACCCGGAUGACCCCGCGUCGCCUAAAGUCCUGUCUGUUCCCUCCACGCCCCUGCUGCUUUCCACAGAUUGCCACGAGCCUCUGACGGUGAAGCAGUUUGUGAAGCAUGUCCUGGAGCUCCACAGCACCAAUACCUUCUCCAGGGAGUUUGAGAUUGUGAAAGAGUCGUAUGAGGAGGUGCAGGCGUGUACAGUCGACAUGGGCAUCACCGCCGACAGCUCAAAUCACCCCGACAACAAAAACAAGAACCGCUACAUUAACAUCCUGGCCUACGACCACAGCAGAGUAAAGCUCUCCAACAGUUUGGACAGAGAUGGGAAGUGUGGGGACUACAUCAACGCUAACUUUGUUGAUGGUUAUGAGCGAACGAGGGCCUACAUCGCGGCUCAGGGGCCGCUGAAAGCCAGCCGGGAGGAUUUCUGGAGGAUGAUCUGGCAGCAGAACGUCGGAGUUAUUGUCAUGAUCACCAAUCUGAAGGAGAAAGGACGCACAAAAUGUGACCAGUACUGGCCGGAAGAGAACCAGGAGGAGUACGGUGCUUACCAGGUGGCUCUGAGAAGCGCCAAGACACUAGCAUACUACACACUCCGGACAUUCACAGUCAGGGAUACAGCUAAUAAGGUGCCACAGAAGAGAGUGGAGCACACGGUCCUGCAUUACCACUACACCCAGUGGCCGGACAUGGGCGUCCCAGAGUACACUCUGCCUCUGCUGUCUUUCAUCAGGGCGUCGUCUCGGGCCCGGACGCAGGAGAUGGGACCCGUCCUGGUUCACUGCAGCGCUGGCGUAGGAAGAACAGGAACCUAUAUUGUGAUAGACAGCAUGCUGCAGCAGAUCCACGAUCAGGGAACGGUAAACGUACUGGGCUUCCUAAAACACGUCCGGACACAGAGGAACUUCCUGGUUCAGACGGAGGAGCAGUACGUGUUCAUCCAUGAUGCUCUGGUGGAGGCCAUCCUGAGUCGGGACACAUCAGUCACGUCUGACCUUCUCCACAAUUACGUCUCUAACCUCCUGAUCCCAAGUGCCACAGGAAGAACGCGCAUGGACAAACAGUUCAAGUUGAUAAGUCAGCGCCAGGCAAAGCACGCAGACUACAGCACUGCCCUGAAGGAUGGCAAUGCUGAGAGGAACAGAGCAAGAGCACUGAUGCCUGUGGAGAGAUCAAGAGUCUCUCUGGCGGCUUCAGAAUCCAACUCCACUGGCUACAUCAAUGCCUCCUAUGUAACAGGACACCACUGCUGUAAAGGUUUCAUAGUGAGUCAGACUCCUCUGAGCAGCACUGUGGAGGAUUUCUGGAGAAUGAUCUGGGAGCACAACACACACACAGUUGUCUGUCUGCCGGACACAAACAAUCAGAUUGAAAAGAGGGACUGCUGUGUCUACUGGCCUAGUAAAGACCUGCCACUGAGAUUUGAUGCAUUCACUGUGUCUCACACGGGGGAGGAGCUUGUACAUCUGACCAAUGAUGAGAGGGUUUUUGUGCAGGAUUUUACAAUGCAGUCUCCUCAGAACGAUUGCAUCUUGCAUGUACGUCAGUACAGCACCCCCUGCUGGCCGAACCCAGACAGUCCCAUCAGAAACAGCUUUGACCUCAUCAGCAUCGUCAGAGAGCGCAGCAGACACUCACAGGAACCCGUAAUCGUUCACGAUCCGUUGGGAGGAGCUACGUCAGGGCUGUUCUGUGCCCUCAGCACCCUGUUCAGCCAGCUGGAGGAGGAGGGAGCCGUGGAUGUCUACAUGGUGGCACGGAUGACCAACCUCAUGAGACCUGGGGUUUUCAAUGACGUUGAGCAGUACCAGUAUCUGUACCGAGCCAUGCUGAGCCUGGUGAGCAGCCAGGAGGACCAGAGAGCCCUGCAGAGUCCAGAGACGAACGGGUCGGUACCGCUGGGGCAGUCCAACGCCACAGAGAGCCUGGAGUCGCUCAUGUAGCCCCGCCCAAACUCCCACAUGCUGGGAUGGAUGUCUGGGCCGUUCAUGACUGUGGAAAGUGAGCAUCAUAAUGCUUUAAUGUCCACUUGGUCAAAUGUAACAAUUUAUUAUAAUACUCUUCAGCCGUCAGCUUUACUUUCAAAAACAGUAAAGCUCAUCACAGGGAGAUUGAAAUACAGCGCUGUUAAAGUGCUCAUUUAUUCAAAUCUUUUAGUUUGACCUGUUUCAUAAUCUGAAAACGGAACACAGCAGUUCAUCAUCUGAUGAGCAUCCCACGUUUCCCCAAGCACCAACGGGAAGUGAUGACCUUACUGAUUUUGUUGUUGACUUUAACCCUAAAGUUUCUUUUAAUAAUCGUGGAUAAUAAAUUAAUAGAUUGAAAUGUUUAUAUUUUGGCUAUGCUUAUGCCUUGAAAGCAACAGAAAAAAAAAUGUCAUCCCAUGUGGCAGAUAAAAUACUGAAGUAUUCCAAAAGUUCUGAUUAUAGCAUUAACAUGUUUCGAAAAUACAAUGCAGGUCAAAGGUUAUGACAGAGUUGCAAUGUUUAGUGGCAAUUAGCCAAAACAUCAACUAUAGUUUCAGUCAAACUUGAAUAAAUAACAGAAGCCUAAUAUACACGUUUUAAAAAAACUAUCAUUAAAAGGUCUGCAGUGACAUCAGGCUGUGUGAACGCACCUACAGUUCAACUUUAUUUUCCCCACAGGAUUAACCAAACAAUCUGUUAGCAUUCUCUUUGGGUGUAUUUGUACCUUACUUUGUUGGAGUGAGAUAUGAAAGCAUCUAAAAGGAAGCCAUGCUGUUUGAAUUCUCUAAAUGUUAAGGCUGCUGUCGCUGUUUUUUAUGCUGCUGAGUGUUUUUGCAUUGCUAAAAAAGGGCUUUACGUUGGUCUAAACAUGAAGAGUUGAAGCUUCUGUGCUGGUAUUUUGUUGUGUAUAGCCCAUCUGUAUUGGGAUAAAGGGUGUAAACUCGUCGAUGUGCUACUGUGGAAAGACAAUAACCCCUUCUCCAUUGUCAAAUCUCACUAGCUGGUUAAUAUCUGGUUAGGUUCUAACCAAAGUUGGGUCCUUCUCCAUUGGCAUCAUGUUCCUCACUACGUGGGUGAGAAAGUAGGUGGGCCGUGAGCGUACAGUAGUUGUGGUCGACACUCGUGCGAUGUCAUUUAUGCCCUUGAGCGGCCAGUUUCUCCAAAAUCUCCAGAUAUAUUUCUUGCGUUCAGUUGACGCCGUGUGUUCUCUUCUGUCACCAUUGCUAAAAACAUUUGGACCUCAAGGUCUGACCAUCUCGCCAACAACUAUGGUCUCAUCCUGGAUUCAAAAUGGUGGUUGAGAAGGGUUUUCCGACAUAAAUCCACUGGCCAGUCAACAGAUGAAGCCUGCUGUCAAUCAAGUCAUUCGCACAGAAUACCAAACUAGGACCUGCUAUAACACAGGUGUCAAACUCCAGUCCUCAAGGCCCGCUGUCCUGCAGUUUUUAGAUGUGCCACAGGUACAAAACACUGGAAUGAAAUGGCUUAAUGACCUCCUCCUUGUGUAGAUCAGUUCUCCUUAUGCCAUCUACUGAGGAUAAUGAAACGGACGUAUCAAAAGUGAAGCCAUGAUGUUGUCUACCCAACAUUUAAAGAAUUCAAAGGCGUUUCAGUUAUUCCAGGUCCCACUCUUGCGUCAUUUAAAGCUCUCACAAUUGCAUAUAAGAUCAGGAGUUACAACGUGAGAAGAGUCUAAAUGAGAAUUGCAUUGUCCGACCUGACCUUUGAACUGUGGUUAAAAACUGCUGAGUGCAAAUGCCUUGCUAACUCUAACAACAGCCGCAGAAUUUACAUCUAAACAUUUCUUUUUAAAUGGUGAUUCAUUAUUGUUUGAUAAAGAGGUUAGUCACAGAUUGGUAGCCAAAAACAGCUUUAGUACCUUACCUGUUCUUACUAAAGUGGAUAUACAGAGAAUAGACCCCCCUGUUAAAAAUCCUGGUAAUCUUCUUUUUUUUUUUUUUUUUUUAAAUGAGACUAUGAGAAACAACCUCAAAACUUUUUCCACCUUUCCUGUCCUGAAGCACAUUUUAAUUUGAUGUCUAUCAAUCAAAUGUUGACUUGGCAACCCAUGGCAACACAAAUGAUUUCUGUCAGAUGUAGUUCUAUGCUCUUGCUUGGUCCAAAGCAUGUUUUUUUUUUUUCUAAGUCAUUCAUUUGUUAUACAUAUUUUUUUUUAUUUCUGAAGUGAUACAGAAAGUUAAGUUCAAAACUGCCAGAAAUUUAAAACUUUUCAUAAUUUCUUCCGUCACAAUUUUUCCAUAUUUGACUGAAUGCUGGAUUAAAUCAAAACGUGCGCCUGCCACUUACUGUGUUAAGGGUUUGAAUACUUACACAACUAGGUAACCCAACUUAUGUCAAUGUGUUUUUCUAAUCUUUGAAAAAAUAAAGAAAAUACUUUAGUUAUUUAAAAAAUCUUUGAAAUUCUCCAAACCGUGUGGUAUUCAAAGGAUUCAACUUUACAUGGAGAACAUUAUUCUAGACAGCCAGGUUUUUGUGAUUUUCUUACAAAAACGUAAACUUCAGUUUUGUUGAUUUAGUGAGUUGGAGAAGCACAAAGUUUUUCAUGGCGUGCCCUUCCGUUUUUCCACACCAUGUCUUCAUAUUGUAUUAAAGGUGGAAAAGGCUUUGAAAUGAUUUGAUUGGGGGGAAAUUUAUUUAUUUUUGCUUUUCAUCACAAAAACCUUGCAAUUUUACAAGGGGGUGUAAAAUUGCAAGACUUUUAAAUCUGCUGUUGUGUAUUUAACCGAAUAAGAGAGAUUAGAGAAAUGUGAAGAUCUCUUUUUCCAGUUGAAACCAGAAGUUUACAUACACUGACCCAUAACUUUGUUUUCUUUGACGUCUGAUGGGAAUGGGCCAGAAGUCCAGCCCACUAAUGUGAAUGACCAACCACUUCAAAGGCAACGCUGCCAAAUAAUGAAGAAAUGUGUGUAUGCUUGCGAUCUAAAAUAAAUAAAUAAAUCUGGCAUAUUUUUGCUAUUUUUAUGGCAUUUACCGAAUAGAAAUUAUUUUGAUGACUAACUGACCUUAAACAAGAGACAUUUAGUCAGUGAGGGGGAAAAUGUAUGUAAACUUCUGGUUUCAAGUGUAUCCUGUAAAUCUUUCCAUUCCCUAUUUUUUUUUUUUUUGCCAAUCUGUUUUUCUCUGUAGGGUUUUCAGGCCUCUGAUAGCAGACUGAUGCUGUAGAAACGAGAUACAGAUAAGAGCAGAAAUCAUGACGUGGCAGAUAUGAGAUGAGCUACACUUUGUUUUUGCUUACUUUGUCUCCUUGCCAGUGCCUUCUGUAAAUCACAUUAAACCUCUUUCGGUUCAUUUCGACGCCUACUCUGCUGCGACUCCUCCUGCUGAACGCUUAAGAAGAAAUCCAAGCGGCACAAGUAGCAGCGAGAACCUGAGACCAAUAUUUUAUAUUUUCUCUUCAACGCAAGCAAAAAAAUUCAAAAAAUAACUUAAGAAUUCCAGCCGUUCCCUCGGAAACCUGCUACGACUGUUGCGGUUUUGUAAAGAUGCGGGAAAGUCAGUGAUGUCGCGUCGAGCUCAACAGACUGUGAUCCUGAUCCGCUUCACCUUCUGCAUGUAAAUACCCCUUUCGAGGCCAAAUUACUGUAUGUUUAUACUGUACCUUUAUAUAGUUUUCUAUUUUACUAUACAAGCUGAUUUUUCUAGCCAUUUCCAAGAGCAUACUUGUGGAUUCUAUUUGAUGAACUUAGCCUGGAAAUAUUGAUUAUGACUAUAGUUUUAAUUGAAUGUUCUGGAAUAUGUUUUUAUCCCUCUUGAUUAUUGUAGCAGCUUUGUGUCUUUCACCUUUGACCUCCAGCUAAAAUCUGGGGAAGUGUUUAUGUCAAACCAUAAAAUUAAAAAGAUUUGUUUCAAAA